UAUGGCUACGGUGCUGUCCCGGGCGCUGAAGCUGCCGGGAAAGAAGAGCCCGGACCUUGGGGAAUACGAUCCCCUCACUCAGGCUGACAGUGAUGAAAGUGAAGAUGACCUGGUACUCAACAUCCAGAAGAACGGGGGGGUCAAGAACGGGAAGAGCCCUCCUGAGGAGGUGCAGGACCCUGACUCUGAUGUGGAGGUUGGGAUGACAAAGCAGCACACAUCAGAGAGCGCACCUGAGGGUUAUCCUGCAGAAACAGCUGGGAGUUUGGAGCAGAAGGCUGCUCCCUCCCUCAUGCCAUACCUGCGCACAGCAAUCUUUUUGCUUACUGUGGUGGUCUCGAUGAUUCUUGUGUUGGUGUGCGCAUUUCUAAUUCCCUGUCCCCCUAGAGACUUGCAUAACACCUGGAACCGCAACCUAGGUCAGGGAGCAGGUGGUGUGUUAUCCCCACUGGAGCUGUGUGAUGUGAAUGGUGAUGGUCUACCUGACAUCCUCAUUGCCUUCACUGCCUUGAUGAAUGCUAGCGUCAAGGGUGUCUCUAGGCCCUCUGUAACUGUGGUGGCGCUUUCUGGUAUGAAUGGCAGCACCCUGUGGUCCAUCCAGCUUCCAGAGGAGACUCAGAGUGUGCAGUGCAAAGGGCUGUCACUGCGGUCACCUGCAGAGCCUGUCUGCCUUGUUACAGGAACAUCAAAAUUCCUCAGCCUUCUCAGUGCCUCCACAGGCAAGACCAUCUGGACACUGAACUCCAUCCACCUUUCAAGUGGGAUCCUGGCUGCACCGGCUGCAACUCUUCCAGAUGUAGAUGGAGAUGGGAUUAGGGAUAUUGUUGUUCUGGGCCUCAAAGAGACACAGCCUGAUGUGUUUUUCAUCUUGGUGUCAGGGAAGACUGGGACUGCUUUGGGUGGGCCUGUGAAGUACAGCACCAAUGGAGAAGGGAAAGUGAUUGGCCCCCAAGUCCACAUCACCAGCCAGGGAGCCAUCUACAUCCUGUUUGGUUUUGGUAAUGUUCAAGCAGUUGCCCUGAGAGAUAUCUUUACCCAAGCCAGAAACCGGGACAGCUUUCCUGCAAUGCUGCAGCAGGAGGAGCCAGAGUGGGAAAAGCGCAGAUCUGUCAACCUGUCAGAGCUCAUUGACAUUUACAGUGGGGGUGUUGACUUCCUGCAGACAAUGAAGUCAUCUGACACAAACUGCAGCAACCUGCUGAUCACAACCAAAGACAGCUUGAUCCUACUGCGGGGACAGGACCUGGAGCCCCACUGGACCCUGGAACUGCAGAACAUCAGCAGCCAGCCUGUACCAGGUUACUUCGGUGCUGACCAAACUCUGGACUUCAUGCUCCAAGCACACACUGGAAAUGGGAACAAAAAGGUGGUGGUGGUAGAUGGCAAAUCCGGCCUCCCUGUUUGGAACCAGGAAUUCCUGUGGCAGAAGCAACAACUUGAUGCGCUGUCGGUGAUGACUUUGGAUAAGAAGUCUGUUUUUCUCUUCUGGGCUGAUGAAGCACAGCCUGUGUUACAAAGUUUGCAACCUGGUCCCGGACCUGAGCGCCCAGGGCUGCGCCACCUCUAUCUCCUCCAUCCUGUAUUUCCUACAGUCCUUUUGGACCUCACCAAUGCCACAGACAAAGUCAUUGCUUCAGCAGUUGGGAUUAACGAUCUCCAGAAAGAUGCAUUUCACAUCACUGUAACAACAACUGCAACCUCUGAAAAACAACCAGGAAUUCUCUCAGUCAGCAAGCUGAGCCUGAAGUGGGCCAUGAUGAGUCAAGGUCGAAUGGUGUGGCUAAAGGACACCACCACUCCCAAAAUAAGCCGUGGAGAAGUGAGGCGAUUUCUUGCCCGGCUGAAAUUUGUUGACUUUCUUCAGAAGCUCUAGCCUGGUGGUUCCUUAGAUUUUGGUUGGAUCUGUGGCCUGUAUGGGGAAUACAGGAAGCUGCUCUGCGGAUCUUCAGGAAAACUGCUGUGCAGAGGGAAUGGGAGCUAAAAGCACUUCCCCUUUCUUCAGCUCUCUGGGGAAUGCUUCUGGAAGCAGGUUUGUCCUAGGCAGACCUGCCCUCUACCAGAGGAACCUUGUUCAGUGUCUCCCCCUCCAUAUGCUGUUCUUGCAUGCUUCCUUCCGGGUAACAUGGAAAUGUGAAUUCAGAAUUUAUAUACAUAUA